GUACUCCGAGUGUUUCUUGACUUGACUUGACUCAAACACUCUUGUGUUGAUGAAUCACUUAAGUAAAAUUUGGACAAAGAACGGAAAUAAGAAUCUUUAUUAUAACUUAUAAGUGACAGUGUAUUCUCCAAAAUGGGAUGUCAGGCGUGUCUGACCCGGGUGCCUUAUGCAACCCUUAUAGCAACCAUUAUGUGCUGCAUGGGCGUGGGAGUGUUUUGUGGCACUAUGUACAAAGGGUCGCAGUUAUCAAUACAAAUGUUCGACCAAGUAUUUCACUUCCGUCUGAUAUGGAUGGAAGCAUUAAAGAUGAUAUUCGUCGUCGGCAGCGCGUGCAUGGCAGCCCUCGGGCUAAUGCUGCUGUGCCUCGGCUGCUUGACGACGGGGGCGACGCGGCAGAAGGUGUACCGGGCGUGGCGCGCGCGCGUCAGCGGCCGCGUCUCCUGCGCGGUGUUCAUGGUCAUCACCUACAUACUAACCUUCACCUGGAUCGUCCUGUUGGGAUUCCUGGUCAUAACGACAUUCUUAUUCACCAUCUUCUGGAAGCUCUGUUCCAAACCUGAGAACAUCAAGUUGGCUACGUGUAUUGACUUCACGCAGUUUGAUUUCAUGUUCCCUUCCAAUGUGAAACAAGAAGACAUGAAAAUCUGCGAUUCACAAAUGAUGAAAUUUUUUUGCAAAGAUUAUGUGGAGAAGGCAGAAUUUAUGUUUAUUUUGGCUAUGGUGUCCUGUGUUCUUGUAAUACUAAGCUUAGUACACUACCUUAUGUGCCUGUCUGCUAAUUAUGCACACAUUAGAGAUCAUGAGAAGUUCCAAGAACUACAAGAGCUGCAGUACUUGACAAAUCCUGACAUGCAUGCAUCUAAAGAUCGUUUCUAGUACAUAGCCCGCGCACCCCUCCUGCGCUCUCUGGAGGCCACUACUAAAAUGUGACGUUAAUAAAAAGAAAGAUGGAAAUUCCACAGUUUUGUGUUCACCUGUACAUUUAUGUAAUUGAGAAAGACUGACCAGCAGUGAAUUAGCCCUGAAACAUUGUAAUAUAACAUCUUGAAAGAUAAUAUUUGUUCACAUCUUUACAUAUCUAAAAUGACUAUGUGUUGUUGUUUAGCACUCAUAGUACUUAAAAGCAAUUUUGCGUAAUUAAGUUUGACCUUAAUGUUUUGAAUUACUUGUGCUCAAAGUUUUUCCAGAUAAAUGAGUGUUCUCUUGAGAUAUUGUUAAUUGUGUUGCAACUUACCUACUGCUGGAGCCACUAUUGUUUGGCGAUCAACUUCCUACAGUACUUGUUGCACAGUAAACAUUUCCUCUUGCUAUCUGCAAGUAUCCAUUUAGGCAGCCUAUUUUAAGUAUUGUAAGUAGACUGAUUACAAUUUGAGUUUGGUCCAUUUUCCUACAUUCCUCUAGUUUUAAGUGAUAUGUUAUAUUGACUUAAGUGUAUUAGUAAUCGUAAGGAACACUUAGUGGACACCUUUUUAUAUAUUUAGAAUAAUAUAUUUUAUUCAAAUAGGUGCUUUUACAAUUUUUUCUUUUGGCAUUUAAGUACUCUCUUUUUAUCCUUUUGGCAAUGUGCACAUGACUGGCAUCCGCCUGUAACUAUGGGCCACUUUACAUCAGCUGUGUACCGGCUAAUAGAUUUAAAUUCUUGGCCAACGUUGGUUUUUUUUAAGUUUAUGUUAUGUGAUAUUUUUAUCCUCUCAUAUUGUUAGUCUGGUUGACAUUAAGUGUACAGUAAGCUUCAGAGAUAAC